AUGGCCCCUACAGACGAGAUCACUGAGCGUGAGGCUCUCACUUCUCGGGUCGUCCCCUCCAUGGUGUUCAGUGACGGCAGUCCUUCGUCGAUGACAGCUGCUCCUAAGGUCCCAGUCGAGAGUGACCCUUCAGUCGGGGCUCAAAAACGCUUUUCUGUCCGGGGCAACGCAGUUGUCACCGGGGGUGCUGGUACUCUAGGUCUCCGAUCCUGUGACGCCCUCCUCGAACAUGGGCUGGAAGGCCUCAUGAUCCUUGAUAUCAACCCGGCCAAUUCACAGAAUGAGAUCGCCCAAAUGCAGUCAAAAUUCCCGCAUGCUAAGAUUAGCACUCAGAAGGUCGACGUUACCGAUGAAGAAAGCGUUCGUAUUGCAAUGGAGGAGACUGUCAAAGAGCUUGGAUCUAUUGAUACACUUGUUUCGUUUGUUGGUGUGGUAGGAUGUGUUGAUAGUCUUGAUAUGCCCAUCGCGCAAUGGCGGAGAAUCCUCGACAUCAACACCACAGGCUCAUUUAUUUGCGCUCAGGCGGCGGCUCGACACAUGGUGAAGCAAGGAACGGGCGGUUCGAUUACAUUUGUGGCAUCGAUUUCCGCGCAUCGCGUCAAUUAUCCUCAGCCUCAGGUUGCGUACAAUGUCAGCAAAUCAGCACUCCUGAUGCUUAAGAGCUGUCUGGCUGCUGAAUGGGCUAGGUAUGGUAUUCGGACCAACACUGUUAGCCCGGGGUAUAUGGACACAAUUCUAAACGAAGGCGAUGGUAUUGCUGAGCAUCGGCGUAUUUGGGCUGAACGGAAUCCUAGUGGUAGAAUGGGAAGUCCAUCGGAAUUGACAGGCACGAUUGUCUUACUUGCCAGCAGUGCUGGCUCAUACAUAAACGGUGCGGAUAUUGUCGUUGACGGGGGUGCCAUUGUGCUUUAA